AAGAUCAAUUCUGUCAUUUCCGGUAAUAUCGCAACGAGUCGCGAGCGGUGAAGACCUCGGCCCUAUUUAAUUUUGUUGAGUAAAAUAAGUAUUUUGUGAAAAAUGUCGCUGAUGUCCGCUCGUGUAGCCUCUACGGUGGCUAGGCGCUUACCCAAUGCCGCUACACAGGCAUCGAAGGUCGCCGUGCCUGCGGUGGCCGUGGCUUCCCGCAAACUCCACCUCUCGUCGACUCAACGGGCGGUCGAAAUCUCCACAAUCCUAGAGGAAAGGAUCCUCGGUGCUGCACCCAAGGCUGAUUUAGAAGAGACUGGUCGUGUGCUGAGCAUUGGUGAUGGUAUUGCUCGUGUCUAUGGACUCAAGAAUAUUCAAGCGGAGGAGAUGGUGGAAUUCUCAUCUGGUCUUAAGGGUAUGGCCCUCAACUUGGAGGCUGACAACGUCGGUGUGGUAGUAUUCGGUAACGACAAGCUGAUCAAGCAGGGAGACAUUGUCAAGCGUACCGGUGCCAUUGUGGACGUGCCCGUCGGCGAGCAGCUGCUCGGACGUGUCGUGGACGCGCUCGGAAAUGCUAUCGACGGCAAGGGAGCCAUCGACACCAAGUCCCGCAUGAGGGUCGGUGUCAAGGCUCCUGGUAUCAUUCCACGUGUGUCUGUGCGAGAGCCCAUGCAGACUGGUAUCAAAGCCGUAGAUUCACUUGUGCCAAUUGGUCGUGGUCAGCGUGAGUUGAUCAUUGGUGACCGUCAAACCGGAAAGACCGCCCUGGCCAUUGACACCAUUAUCAACCAGCAGCGAUUCAAUAAGGGAGACGACGAGAAGAAGAAGCUGUACUGCAUCUAUGUCGCCAUUGGACAGAAGAGAUCCACUGUCGCCCAGAUUGUGAAGAGGCUUACUGAUGCUGGUGCCAUCAACUAUACCAUCAUCGUAUCGGCCACGGCGUCCGACGCCGCCCCUCUGCAAUACUUGGCUCCAUACUCCGGUUGCGCUAUGGGUGAAUUCUUCCGUGACAACGGCAAGCACGCUCUCAUCAUCUACGACGAUCUGUCCAAGCAGGCUGUAGCCUACCGUCAGAUGUCGCUGUUGCUUCGUCGUCCCCCGGGUCGUGAGGCGUACCCCGGUGAUGUGUUCUACCUCCACUCCCGUCUGCUCGAGCGUGCUGCCAAGAUGUCUGACAAAAUGGGAGGUGGUUCCCUGACUGCUCUUCCUGUAAUUGAAACCCAGGCUGGUGAUGUGUCUGCCUACAUUCCAACCAACGUAAUCUCCAUCACUGACGGUCAGAUCUUCUUGGAGACUGAGUUGUUCUACAAGGGUAUCCGACCAGCCAUCAAUGUCGGUCUGUCUGUGUCCCGUGUCGGUUCAGCUGCUCAGACUAAAGCCAUGAAACAGGUGGCCGGUUCCAUGAAACUGGAGUUGGCUCAGUACCGUGAGGUAGCUGCGUUCGCUCAGUUUGGUUCUGACUUGGACGCCGCCACACAGCAGCUUCUCAACAGAGGCAUGCGUCUCACUGAGCUCUUGAAACAAGGACAAUAUGUCCCCAUGGCUAUUGAGGAACAGGUCGCCAUCAUCUACUGCGGUGUGCGUGGCCACCUUGACAAACUGGACCCCAGCAAGAUCACUGCUUUCGAGAAAGAAUUCACCCAACACAUCAAGACAAGCCACCAGGCACUGCUGAACACCAUUGCUAAGGACGGACAGAUCACACCCGAGUCAGACGCGUCGCUCAAGAAGAUCGUGACUGACUUCAUCUCUACCUUCCAAGCUUAAUAAACUUAGUAUAGCUUGUUUCACUUUUAAAAUUGUACUCUAUUGCAAUAGCUUUAGAGUACAGUUUUAGGAAUUGUUAAGUGAUCACUGGAAGAUAUCUCUCCAGUGAUUUGUAGUGUUCAUUUGUAUGGACGGUAUUGAAAGUGAUUACAAUCAUGAAUGUAUAUUUAUCUCCCAAGAAUCAACAGUGGUUAUAUGUAUAAAAUUUAAAGAUUAUAA